AUGGCUAAACUCAUUGAUUUAAAUAUUCCUGAAGAUCCAAUGUCGUUAAAUGAAUUAAUUAAGUCUUGUAGUGAAGUUCUACGUCUGGGUGUCCGUACAGGACAUCCACAUUUCUUUAAUCAAUUAUCCCAAGGAUUGGAUUUAAUAGCAAUGGCCGGGGAAUGGUUAACUGCUACUUGCAAUACAAAUAUGUUUACUUAUGAAAUUUGUAUGUAUUUGGAGAAUUUUUUUGAAGAAAAAAAAUUUUUUUAG